AUGGCCUUGAAUCUAGUCUCCGUUCCUCUCCCUAACCAUCCUCCUCUAGCUCAUAAGCGCGGACGUUCUUCCCUCAGCCGAUCCUUCUCUUCUUCCGUCCGAGUAUCUUCUCAGUCUGAUGAAAUCGAAGGAGUUACAGAAGAUGAUCCCGCCGCCUAUUCUGCUUCUGGUUCACUAUCUUCUGCUCGAACACGAUUAGAACUCUUGGAACAACUUACAUCCACUAAUCCGUCAAUUGAUGGUUAUGUCAGCGAUGGUAGUAGUAAUACUAGAUCUGGGAAACUGACAAUUCGAGAUCAACUGUCUCAAUUGGUUGGUGAUAGAGACGGCGAUUUCAGCAUUCCGUUAGGUAAAAACCUGAAAAAGGUGAGCCCCAAAUUCUUAACUAUUUCACAGAAGAGAAACAUCAAGAGACAAGCUUACCUUAAUGAAGUAUCGCAGAGAAACGACAGUGUUUUCUUUGCUAGUAUAGGAGCAUUUGUAAUUCUUCCUCCUUUUAUUAUACUUGGGUUUGCCAUAUUAACUGGCUAUGUACAACUCUUUCCUUGAAUUCUAAUAGGAAUGUAUAAAUCUAUAAUGUCAAAUACAAAUUAGAAUCUCAUCUCUUCCC